GCCGAGCUGCGGCAUUUAGCUGGGUUUGCCUCAAGAAAAAGUGAGGGCUGCAGCUGGGCUGGAGCGGCUGGGCCUGGUCAUGGCCAUUCUCCGCUUCCCAGUGGACGGGAUCCCAGCUGGGCUGUACCGAGCCCUCGCUCACGGCCCAUGGCAGCAGAUGGCCUGGGUGAACUGUCCCCAACAGCAGCAGGACCCCAGAGGGCCAGGCCCUCCAGUCAGCCCCCUCAGCAGAGAGCAGCCUGCACGCUGGACCAAUCUGGGUUGCCUGCCAUGCCUGGCCCAGGGCUGUGUGGACACCCCGGAGGUGUGUCCAGUUGUUACAGGGACCACAGCCUCAGGCUCAGGUGCCUCCCUCUGCUGUCUCUUGGGCUCAUCCAGGCCUUAAGCCCCUCCAUGGCAGCUCCAGCCCAGCCGCCUACAGCUGGGUCAGGCCUAGCUACCCCACCCCCGUCCCCUUGUAGAGCAGGGACUGUGGCGCCUGGAGGCAUCUCUGGGUCUCAUUCUGACCAGACCACGUUCCUGUUACCCUGCCUCCCGGGUCAGAGGUCAGACACAGGGUCAGGGGGACCCUCCCUGAGGCCCCAGACUUCUGGAGCCACAGAGGGUUUGGAAGGGUAGAUUCCAGGCAGACCUUUGUCCUGCACCAGCCAGGCCAGCCCCCUGCCCUCCCGGACGAGGAGGAGCCAGCCCGGGGAUGUAUGCCCCGCUGAUGGGGGCCUGGGGCAGGGCAAGGCUCUGGUGCCCCAGGACACUUGCUCUCUCCAGCUGCAGACGCCCUUACACUUGGCCUUCCCUCGCGCGGCGCCAUCCACGCAGAGCCACGUCCAGGGCUGCGCAGUGCGUGGGCCGAGGCUCCGGCGUCAGCGUGUGGGGCUGUUCUUAUGUUUGUGGGCGGCCACAGGCCUCUUCCUGCUGCACCUGCCCCGCCUUGGGGACGGGCCUGAGCCCCAAGCCCGCAGCCUGGUUUCAGGGAUGGGGUCUCUGGGAAUGCAGUCCUGCCGGGUUGGGCCCCACCCCACCAGGGGCAGCAGAGCAGAGAAGACUGGGCUGUGCUGGGCGUCCUGCAGGCCCCUGUGCCCCUACAACAGCCGUGGAACGGGAAGGAACCUCAAAGGAGCAGAGUGAAGCCCUCGGCCCAACCCGGACACACGUGACCGUUGCCAGCCUGGACCUGACCUGAGGGACCCAGGCUGUGAUCAGCCACACUCCGCAGGGAGGGCCUGUGCCUGCCACCCCACGGCAUGGGAGCCUGGGGUCUAGAGGGCGUCAGGGACAAAAGCUGGGAUCUGCUGGCCCUGCCCCCACCCUCCUGAGGGUCGUCAAGGAGACUGAUCUCAGCCCAGGGGUGGAGGAGGGGGUUCGGGUUACAGGGUCCCCUCCCCUCCCCCUCUCCAGCCAGAGCCAGCCCUCCUCCGCCCCCGGUGACCCUCAUGGCCAGUGGCUCUGUGCUCCUGGGCCUCUGGCCCCUCCCUAACCUCCUCCCCUCUGCCCUGUGCUGACCAGGGCCGGGGAGCCCCCGCACGGUUCAGACAGAGGGGCCAGGCUGAAGCUGGAGAGGAACCAGCGUCACACAGACGGCCUCUGAGAACUUGGAGACCCUGUAACCCACCCAGCAGGGGCGUCAGGACAAGCAUCUGCUGCAAGCUUUGGCCUCAGGGGUGAAAGGGAGCCUCGGGGUUCUGGUGGGGGCGCCAACCACAGGCCCGGAGGGUGGAUGCCUGCAGGAAGCUGGGCUCAGUGGAGCCCGAAGAGGGGCUGGUGGCCACACCCCCCAGCCCCCUGGCUCAGCGGCCCCCAUGCCUGCCUCACGGCCACUCCUGCCGCUUCUGCUCCUCCUCCGGCUGACCUCGGGGGCCGGCUUGCUGCCAGGGCCAGAGAGCCACCCAGGCGUGUGCCCCAACCAGCUCAGCCCCAACCUGUGGGUGGACGCCCAGAGCACCUGUGAGCGUGAGUGUAGCGGGGACCAGGACUGUGCAACUGCUGAGAAGUGCUGCACCAACGUGUGUGGACUGCAGAGCUGCGUGGCAGCACGCUUCCCCGACAGCCCAGCCGCACCCACAACAGCGGCCUCCUGCGAGGGCUUUGCAUGCCCACAGCAGGGCUCUGACUGCGACAUCUGGGAUGGGCAGCCCGUGUGCCGCUGCCGUGACCGCUGUGAGAAGGAGCCCAGCUUCACCUGCGCCUCGGACGGCCUCACCUAUUACAACCGCUGCUACAUGGACGCCGAGGCCUGCCUUCGGGGCCUGCACCUCCACAUCGUGCCCUGCAAACACGUGCUCAGCUGGCCCCCCAGCAGCCCGGGUCCGCCGGAGACCACUGCCCGCCCCACACCUGGGGCCGCGCCCAUGCCUCCGGCCCUGUACAGCAGCCCCUCCCCACAGGCGGUGCAGGUCGGGGGUACGGCCAGCCUCCACUGCGACGUCAGCGGCCGCCCGCCGCCUGCCGUGACCUGGGAGAAGCAGAGUCACCAGCGGGAGAACCUGAUCAUGCGCCCUGAUCAGAUGUAUGGCAACGUAGUGGUCACCAGCAUCGGGCAGCUGGUGCUCUACAACGCGCGGCUGGAAGACGCCGGCCUGUACACCUGCACCGCGCGCAAUGCGGCUGGCCUGCUGCGGGCUGACUUCCCACUCUCUGUGGUCCAGCGAGAGCCGGCCAGGGACAGAGCCCCCAGCAUCCCAGCCCCCGCCGAGUGCCUGCCGGAUGUGCAGGCCUGCACGGGCCCCACCUCCCCACACCUUGUCCUCUGGCACUUUGACCCACAGCGGGGCAGGUGCAUGACCUUCCCGGCCCGUGGCUGUGACGGGGCGGCCCGGGGCUUCGAGACUUACGAGGCAUGCCAGCAGGCCUGUGCCCGUGGCCCGGGCGACGCCUGCGUGCUGCCUGCCGUGCAGGGCCCCUGCCAAGGCUGGGAGCCGCGCUGGGCCUACAGCCCGCUGCUGCAGCAGUGUCAUCCCUUCGUGUACGGUGGCUGUGAGGGCAACGGCAACAACUUCCACAGCCGUGAGAGCUGCGAGGAUGCCUGCCCCGUGCCCCGCACGCCGCCCUGCCGCGCCUGCCGCCUCCGGAGCAAGCUGGCGCUGAGCCUGUGCCGCAGCGACUUCGCCAUCGUGGGCCGGCUCACGGAGGUGCUAGAGGAGCCCGAGGCUGCCGGCGGCAUCGCCCGCGUGGCGCUCGAGGAUGUGCUCAAGGAUGACAAGAUGGGCCUCAAGUUCUUGGGCACCAAGUACCUAGAGGUGACGCUGAGUGGCAUGGACUGGGCCUGCCCCUGCCCCAACAUGACGGCGGGCGACGGGCCUCUGGUCAUCAUGGGCGAGGUGCGCGAUGGUGUGGCCGUGCUGGACGCCAGCAGCUACGUCCGCGCCGCCAGCGAGAAGCGCGUCAAGAAAAUCUUGGAGCUGCUGGAGAAGCAGGCCUGCGAGCUGCUCAACCGCUUCCAGGACUAGCCCCCACGGGCGGCCUCCGCCGCCCCGUCCUGCUGAAUAAACGCGCUCACUGUGCCCCAGA